GCCAGUCAGUUUUGUGUGAUGUUUUGAUCCAUUAUAAACUAUGACCUAUUGGGAUGACAAAAUUGCUCAUGAAAGUGCAUACACAUCAUUAUCGCAGGAUGCAGAACAAAUGAUCAAGCUUUUUCCAGUACCUUCACAUUCAAAGCAGGUGGUGUGCACUGGUGUAUGCUCAUUCCUGUCCACUUGGGGGCAGCACACUCGUACAAGGGCGAGGAUUUCCGCUCAUAAACCAGACAGCUGAAGUCAAAAACACACGGCGCGCGCGUUAUCAUGUCCAAACCACAACAAACAACUAAACUAGUGAAAAUAAGAAGCGCCAAUGACCCAUCAAAGUUUGGUGUUGGGGCGACAACUUUAAACGAGCUUAUCAAAAAGUCAGGCCAGCUGCUGAAGAUCCCUGUGUCUGGCGCUCGCGUAUGCUUGUACGAGGAUGGGACUCAGCUGACAGAAGAGUAUUUUCUCUGCCUUCCCUUCAACACUGAGCUGGUGUUGCUAACCAAAGGGCAGCACUGGGAUGGAUUUCUCAGUGACAUCAGACGACUGCUAGAUGUGGACCGCUACUCUGCUCAGCUGAUCGAUGAGGCCAAAAAGCUCCUCUCCAACGACCAGUCAGCACAGCGACGCAAAGUGCUCAGUGAUCUACUCUUCAACCUGAAGGACCGCUCAGACAUUGAGGAGCGAGCAGAGGAUGGGGACUGGUUCGAAGGUCUUAAUAGCAGAUUUAAGACCAAAUCUGCCUUCAUGAAGUACAACUGUGAAAGCCGUAUUCGUGGAUACUUGAAGGAGAUGGAUGCCUUCAUUCGUACAGUGAACCCCGCCCGGCAGCAGGCGGAGUGCCGGAAGGUUCUGGACAUGAUGGCCGCCAAGCUGAGGGAGGCGGCGUAUAAUGGCUGCUACUUCGACCGCACCGCCAAAGAUGCACACCGCCUCUGCUCCCGACAGGGCUGGUUCACAUGCCAGGGGGCGUAUGAUGUUGAGGACUGCCACCUCUUGCACUCCAUCAAUCCCUAUGGCAACCGAGAGAGCAGGAUUCUCUUCAGCACCUGGAACCUUGACCACAUGAUUGAGAAGAAGCGCACCAUCCUCCCGACGCUGGCGCAGGCUCUGCAGGAGCGUAAGAGCGGUGACAUCAACGCGGACUACUUCUACCGGCUGCUCUUCACCACAGACAACCUGCGCCUGGUGCACAUCGUCUGCCACAAGAAGGGAGCGCACCAGCUGGCCUGCGACCGCAGGAAGAUCUACAAGGCCGCCAAGAGGACACGCUGAUCCGGAGGGCAGGGAGGGUGUGUGUAUGUGCGUGUGUGUGUGUGUGUGUGUGUGUGUGUGUGUGUGUGUGUGUGUGUGUGUGUGUGUGUGUGUGUGCGCGCGCACAGAGAUAGUAAGGGCCUGCAACCGACAGGAUCUACUGUAGAAGACCAUUGUGUGUGUGUGUGUGUGUGUGUGUGUGUGUGUGUGUGUGUGUGUGUGUGUGUGUGUGUGUGUGUGUGUGUGUGUGUGUGUGUGUGAGAGAGAGAGAGAGAGAGAGAGAGAGAGAGAGAGUCUAAGUGUAGAGACUGCGAGUGAUGUG